UAUAAGUGUAGUCUUAAAAAUUCUAUAAUGAAUACCCUGAGAACAUUUUUUUUCUCUUUUUUUAAAAUUCUAUCCAAGCAUAUUCCUUUGAAGCCGAACUAAAUUUAGUACAUUAUGGCACCUGUAUAGCCUAACAAUUAUAACAAAGGGACAGGUACUCAGGUGGGGGUUCCAUGUAUCCAAUGAGCAUGCUAAGCAGCACAUAACAGCCAAGGUAUAAUUGGGUUAAAGGUGUUCUCAGGGCACAGAUCGAAAUUAUUACCUGGGCCUCUGGUUACCUGUUGAAUGGGAAAUUGGCUAACUUUUGAGUUCCAAAAAGGUGAAUUUCUUUGAAUUGUGCAGCUGAAGAUGACAAUAUUUUAUUUUCUUGUGUUAUUUUAUAUGUCUGUUUGUCCGUCUGAGGGUAACACUUUGGCAGAGCUGGUGUACAGCUGGGUGACUAUAGACUAUGACUGGCCUAGUAAUACCACCAGAGCAGCUGCAUUGGCCAGUGAAGAAUUCAUACCAGAACACAAUUCCAUAUCAGGAAUCAAAUUCUAUAAAGGUGAAAUUUAUAUCACUAUCCCCCGUUGGAAGCUUGGAGUGCCUUCCUCACUGAACAAGCUGGUGACCAUGGAUGGCAGGUCAGUGUUUCAGCCCUACCCAAGCUGGGCUCAGAAUGAGAUCUACAACUGUUCAGCCCUCCAGUAUGUCCAACAAAUGGAGAUAGACCCAGUCACUGGCUGGAUGUGGAUUAUAGAUACAGGGCGCAUUAACACCAUUCCACCUCCAGGUACCCAGGUUCAGAACAUGUGUCCAGCCAAGCUGUGGAUCUAUGACAUGAACAGGGACAUCCUUGUCAGGCAAUACGAGUUUCCAGAGAACAUUGUCAGCAGGACUAAUAACUUCCUCAAUGAUAUUGUGGUUGAUAAAUCCGGUUUUGCUUACAUCACUGACAGCGGUAAUGACAGAAAAGGAGGCAUCAUCAUCUACAAUUACAACACCAAUACAACCCAUCGCAUUAACCAUGCAUCCAUGUGGGCAGUAGACAAUGCUUCCGCAAUUACAAUAAAUGGACAAGUUACAACACUCAAAAUACCCACUAAUGGCAUAGCACUGUCUCCAGACUUCACCACUUUGUACUACUGCCCCCUGAGUGGCUACAAUCUUUACUCUAUAAGUACAGAGGAGGCUCGAGACCCACUGAAAGCCAGCACAGUCAAUGUCCAGACCGUCGGAAGGAAAGUAUCUCAAACUGAUGGUAUGGCCAUGGGUAAAAACAGCCUGUACUACGGAGCACUUAGCCUGAAUGCUGUCUAUAAAUGGGAGAGAAGCAAGGAUGUUCUUGUGCAAGGCAACCCGGAGAACGUCACCUUAGCAACCCAGGUUAAAGUAGCCAGUGACAACCAAAGAAUGCAGUGGGUCAAUGCCAUGGUGCUUACUGAUGACGGAUAUCUCUGGUUCGUAGCAGCUGCAAGUCACAAAUUCCUGACAAACAAGAUGGACUUUUCAGGUGUGAAUGGUACCAAUUUUCAUGUGUGGAGAAUCCAGGUGAAUGAUACCUCCAUACUGUCCCCUGUGACCUUGACCUCGACCUUGACCCCUGAGGUUCCCAGUACAACUCCUGUCACAAGUGUUGCAGGUUCCAUACACACAUCAAUAUGGUUCUUCAUCAACCUGUGCCUGUCUUGGUACAUACAUGGGUUGGCAAGAUAUGUGCUGCUGAAGAUGACACUGUUUUAUUUUCUCGUGUUGUUUUAUCUGUCUGUCUGUCCAUCCAAGGGUAACACCUUGGCAGAGUUGGUGUACAGCUGGGUGACUAUAGACUAUGACUGGCCUAGUAAUACCACCAGAGCAGCUGCAUUGGCCAGUGAAGAAUUCAUACCAGAACACAAUUCCAUAUCAGGAAUCAAAUUCUAUAAAGGUGAGAUUUAUAUCACUAUCCCCCGUUGGAAGCUUGGAGUGCCUUCCUCCCUGAACAAGCUGGUGACCAGGGGUGGCAGGUCAGUGUUUCAGCCCUACCCAAGCUGGGCUCAGAAUGAGAUCUACAACUGUUCAGCCCUCCAGUAUGUCCAGCAGGUGGAAAUAGACCCCUGUACCCAGGUGCAGAACAUGUGUCCAGCCAAGCUGUGGAUCUAUGACAUGAACAGGGACAUCCUUGUCAGGCAAUACGAGUUUCCAGAGAACAUUGUCAGCAGGACUAAUAACUUCCUCAAUGAUAUUGUGGUUGAUAAAUCCGGUUUUGCUUACAUCACUGACAGCGGUAAUGACAGAAAAGGAGGCAUCAUUGUCUACAAUUACAACACCAAUACAACCCAUCGCAUUAACCAUGAAUCCAUGUGGGCAGUAGACAACGCUUCCGCAAUUACAAUAAAUGGACAAGUUACAACAGUCAAAAUACCCACUAAUGGCAUAGCACUGUCUCCUGACUUCACCACUUUGUACUACUGCCCCCUGAGUGGCUACAAUCUUUACUCUAUAAGUACAGAGGAAGCUCAGGACCCACUGAAAGCCAGCACAGUCAAUGUCCAGACCGUUGGAAGAAAAGUAUCUCAAACUGAUGGUAUGGCCAUGGGUAAGAAGAGCCUGUACUACGGAGCACUUAGCCUGAAUGCUGUGUAUAAAUGGGAGAGAAGCAAGGAUGUUCUUGAACAAGGCAACCCGAAGAAAGUCACCUUAGCAACCCAGGUUAAAGUAGCCAGUGACAACCAAAGAAUGCAGUGGGUCAAUGCCAUGGCGCUAACUGACGACGGAUAUCUCUGGUUCAUUACGGCUGCAAGUCAUAAAUUCCUGUUACACAAGAUGGACUUUUCGGGUGUGAAUGGUACCAAUUUUCACGUGUGGAGAAUCCAGGUGAACGAUACCUCCAUACUGUCCCAUGUGGCCUUGACCCCUGAGGUUCCUAGUACAACUCCUGUCACGAGUGGUGCAGGUUCUAUGCAAGCAUCAACAUGGUUCUACAUCAAGCAGUGCCUGUCUUGUACUAAUUUAGACAUUGAUGUUAAAGAAUUGUACUACACACCUAAGAUGACAAUAUUUUAUUUUCUUGUGUUAUUUUAUAUGUCUGUUUGUCCGUCUGAGGGUAACACUUUGGCAGAGCUGGUGUACAGCUGGGUGACUAUAGACUAUGACUGGCCUAGUAAUACCACCAGAGCAGCUGCAUUGGCCAGUGAAGAAUUCAUACCAGAACACAAUUCCAUAUCAGGAAUCAAAUUCUAUAAAGGUGAGAUUUAUAUCACUAUCCCCCGCUGGAAACUUGGAGUGCCUUCCUCCCUGAACAAGCUGGUGACCAGGGGUGGCAGGUCAGUGUUUCAGCCCUACCCAAGCUGGGCUCAGAAUGAGAUCUACAACUGUUCAGCCCUCCAGUAUGUCCAACAAAUGGAGAUAGACCCAGUCACUGGCUGGAUGUGGAUUAUAGAUACAGGGCGCAUAAACACCAUUCCACCUCCAGUUUUUCUGUCUCUCUUAAUGAGCAACUUGUUCUAUAUUUUUUCUCUCUCUCUAGGUACCCAGGUUCAGAACAUGUGUCCAGCCAAGCUGUGGAUCUAUGACAUGAACAGGGACAUCCUUGUGAGGCAAUAUGAGUUUCCAGAGAACAUUGUCAGCAGGACUAAUAACUUCCUCAAUGAUAUUGUGGUUGAUAAAUCCGGUUUUGCUUACAUCACUGACAGCGGUAAUGAGAGAAAAGGAGGCAUCAUUGUCUACAAUUACAACACCAAUACAACCCAUCGCAUUAACCAUGAAUCCAUGUGGGCAGUAGACAACGCUUCCGCAAUUACCAUAAAUGGCCAAGUUACAACACUCAAAAUACCCUCUAAUGGCAUAGCACUGUCUCCUGACUUCACCACUUUGUACUACUGCCCCCUGAGUGGCUACAAUCUUUACUCUAUAAGUACAGAGGAAGCUCAGGACCCACUGAAAGCCAGCACAGUCAAUGUCCAGACCGUCGGAAGGAAAGUAUCUCAAACUGAUGGUAUGGCCAUGGGUAAAAACAGUCUGUACUAUGGAGCACUUAGCCUGAAUGCUGUCUAUAAAUGGGAGAGAAGCAAGGAUGUUCUUUUACAAGGCAACACGGAGAAUGUCACCUUAGCAACCCAGGUUAAAGUAGCCAGUGACAACCAAAGAAUGCAGUGGGUCAAUGCCAUGGCUCUGACUGACGACGGAUAUCUCUGGUUCAUUACGGCUGCAAGCCAUAAAUUUCUGUUACACAAGAUGGACUUUUCAGGUGUGAAUGGUACAAAUUUUCACGUGUGGAGAAUCCAGGUGAACGACACCUCCAUACUGUCCCCUGUGACCUUGACCUCGACCUUGACCCCUGAGGUUCCCAGUACAACACCUGUCACAAGUGUUGCAGGUUCCAUACACACAUCAAUAUGGUUCUUCAUCAACCUGUGCCUGUCUUGGUACAUACAUGGGUUGGCAAGAUAAAAUGAGCAUAUGUGACACCCAUCUUGAUAUGUGCACAGCAAAAUAUUCAAGAUAUGGACUGCUAUCAUGAACCAAAUAUUCUU